UAGUCAAAGUCACAUGAAUGGUUUGUUGUGGUGUCUGACUGUUAUUAGUUUUUCUUUCUCGAAGCUUAAACGUCACGUUAUUCACUUCUUAUUCGCAACAUGUGGUGAUAUGGUUAUACAGUUCGUGUCGUGUGGGCGAUAGAAGACGGAAUUUUAUUAAAUGACAGCACCAUAUUUUCGCUAAUGACUGCUAAAGUUAGCUGCUAACAAACGAUGCUGCGGUGGAUUCUCGGUGGCAGGGAAGCUCAAGGCUCCGUGGAGAAAAGCUCAGUGUUGUGCACUGGAGAGGAACAGCCCAAAAACUGGUUCACUGAGCUGCAGGUGCUGAAAGGACAUUUUGACAUUGUUCGAUUUCUGGUGCAGAUUGAUGACUUCAGAUGUGCCUCGGCUGGGGAUGAUGGCCUUGUUUUGGUGUGGAAUGUUGAGACUGGUGAGAGGCUGCAGGAGCUGAGGGGCCAUUCUCAGCAAAUAACAGCCAUAACAACGCUCAUCUGUAGCGAUGGACUCAUGUCUCACACGUUGCUCAUCACGGCCUCCUCAGACAGAAGUCUCAGUCUGUGGGACCCUGAUACUGGCAACAGAGUUCAGACUGUGUCUGAUCUUCAGUCUUCUGUAAAGUGCUUGCUGGUGCUGGAGCGGCUGUGUGUGUGGCUCUCUGGUGGGGAGGAGCUGUGUGUGUGGAACAAAGACUUUCAGCUGCAGUGUCACAGACAGAACCACAGUGACACUGGAAUAACCGCUUUGAUAGAGCUGCCCAAGAACUGCAUAGCUGCUGCGAUGGAUAAGGAAAUAAUCAUCUACAGACUGACAUAUUCCACCGAUUCCUCCAUAUCUUUGGCCGAAAUCCGCUGUCUGUCCGACCACCAGGACCAGAUUCGAGCUCUCAUCAACGUCAAUGAUGGGCUGUUUGCCAGUGGUUCCCAUGCGGGCGAGUUGAUCUUAUGGGACGCGAUUGAUUGGAACAUUCUUGCCUAUGAGCACAUCCUGUGGGAAGAGUCACCACCCUCUGCUCUGGCCGAGAUACGUCUAGGGGCUCCCAAACCCAGCGAGAUGUCCAUUCAGCAUCUGACCACCAAUGGAAAGCUCAUCCUUGCAGCUGUGGGUAGUGGCCUGUACGUGUACAGCACUCUGACCAAAACAGUGGUGGCCUACAGGAAGGUGGCCCAUGACUCCAACGUCUUACACACCAUGCUGGUAUCUGAUAGCGAGCUGAUGUCCUGCUCUGAGGACGGCAGCGUGAGGAUGUGGGAGAUCCAGGAUCUGCCUUUGCCUGCUGAACCUGCCUCUGCAGGAUUCUUUGGGAUGUGGACUUUUGGUCGGUCCAACAAACAGACCGGCCCCCCGUCUAAGAAGAUCAUAGAAGUCCCCAACAUCAGGAUUCUGGAGCUGACAGGUGACCUGAUCGGUCACUCGGGGGCAGUCCAGAUGUUUGUGAGCUUCAAGGAGAACGGUCUGGUCACCUGCUCCACUGACCACCUGCUGAUUCUGUGGAAGAACGGAGAGAGACAGUCUCACCUCCGCAGCCUGGCACUGUUCCAGAAACUGGAGGAGAAUGGAGGACUCUGAACUUUAAACUUUGACUCGCUGCCUUUUUAAAAAAAGAAGAAGUGGUAGGUUAGUGGUGGAUGUUGAUCAUGGAUAAUUUAUAUGUAUAAAUGUAAUGAUUGUUGUUUGUGUUUACUUAUUAUUUAACAGCUUGCCUUUUGCACGAAAAUCAGUGCUUAACAUAAAUUUGUAUCAGUAAAUACCUCAUCUGGAAAACA